AUGGCUCUGCUAGGACUACGUGCUCGGGAGGGUGGCCCGAAGUUCCAAGAAGGCUCCGCCUGGGAAACGCCAAAGGCGCUCACAGGGGCGCGAGGUCAAUCCCGGCGGGAACCGACAGGGAGGGCGCCCCGGGGGGCGAGAGGGGUGUGCCUGGGGCCUGGAGGCCGAGGAAGCGGCCGCGGCCCCCGCCUUCGGCCGGCGCGCCAGGGCCCGCCCCUCGCCGACGCCUCACUUCCCUUCCGUCGGGGCGGCCCGGCCUCCGGGCCGGACAGCGCGGGCCCCCCACCUGCGGGGUUUGGGUUUCGGUCGCAGCGCCGCCCUCCGCCUGGGCUCGGGGCCCCGGGCCCCCUUUCCCCAGGACCCUCACCCGCCCCGCGGCCCCAGCUCCCACCCGCCGCCUUUACCUGCUCCCGGAACGCGCCGAGGGCGUCGAGGCCGGCGCCGCGUCGUCGAGUGCGCGCCGCGGGUCCGCAGCCUUUCCCGCCGCCGCCGCUGCGCUCUCUGGCGCGGCGCUGGGCUGGCGACCAGCAGCCCGGGGUGGGGGGGGGGCGCGGUGAGCGCCCGGCGGGGAGACACUGCCGCUCUCCGUCCGGCCACGGAAGAGCAGCCGCGCAGCAGCCAGCCGCGAGAGGGCGGGUGGGCGGCCGAAUGGGGAGGGGUCUCAGGGAGGUGGGAAUGGCUGCCACGUCGCCUAGGUGGGUCGCCGCCCUCCGCCUCCCCCACCCCCGCCGGCUCCCCGCCGCGACCUCUGCUUCGUCCCCGAACUCCGCCGUGGCGCGUCGGCUCGCCCCGCAGGGCCGACCUGGCGACCCGGGCCCGCGGGCGCCCCCGCCCCUCCCUGCCCCUGGAGAGCGAGUCCUGGCCUGGCCGGUUCGGCGGCUUUGGAUCCGUUCCUCUCGCCACCACCUCCCCCCCAAGAUAGCUCGCCCACAAGCCUGA